AUGGCAGCCCAAUCGAAACUACUCCCCCCCGAACGCUCUGUACGGCAGGUCUUCUCCAGUCUCGCAUCAUUAUACCUUCGCAACCGCACAAAAAUAUCCCGUGCAGUUUAUUUAUCCCUCUUCGUGGCCCUCGCCAAGCGCAUCCAUAAUGCCAUCUCCGAGCAGAAGGCAGCCUCCCAGCAUCAGGUGGAUCUGCGGAAGAAGCCAGGGACCAGCAGUCUCGCGGACGGUGGCGAGAACCCACGGAAGAAGGUCGGCGUGAAUCGCGAAUUUUUCAGAAACCUGGCUCGUUUGCUGAAGAUUGUAAUACCGAGCUGGCGGAGUAAGGAACUACGGCUGCUGAUGAGCCACAGCGUUUUCCUGGUACUGCGGACUCUGCUCAGUUUGUAUGUGGCUGAGCUGGAUGGGAGACUUGUCAGUAACUUGGUGCGAGGGAAGGGAAAGGACUUCCUUUUGGGGCUGGUGUGGUGGAUGAUUGUUGCGGUGCCUGCGACUUUUACGAACUCUAUGCUUUCUUAUCACCAAUGCAAGCUCGCACUCAGCUACCGCAAGCGUCUUACCGACCACAUCCACGAGAAAUACCUGUCUAAUAUGACCUUCUAUGCGAUUUCGGCCUUGGACGACCGAAUCAAGAAUCCUGACCAACUUAUCACCGUCGAUGUAACUCGAUUUUCCGACAGCCUGGCGGAGCUUUAUUCGAAUCUCGCCAAACCAAUUCUAGACAUGGUUAUCUACAACUACUCUCUUUCGAAGAGUGUCGGUGGUGAAGGCCUCUUCAUUAUGAGCCUCUUGGUUCAAUUAUCUGCAAAUGUCAUGCGGGCACUAACACCGCCAUUCGGCAAAUACGUCGCCGAUGAGGCUCGUCUCGAAGGAGAAUUCAGAUUCCUCCACUCGAGAUUAAUCGACUACAGCGAGGAAAUUGCUCUAUACCAUGGCCACGACGCGGAGAAGGACACGCUGGAUAAGGGUUACUUCACUCUCAUAAAGCAUGUGAAUCGCAUUCUGCGGAGGCGCUUAUACCAUGGGUUUAUGGAGGAUUUCGUUAUCAAAUACUUCUGGGGUGCGCUCGGCUUGAUUUUGUGCAGUGUCCCGGUAUUUUUUAGAAUUCCUGGUCAAGUCACUCAGACUAUGGGUGACCGUACAGAAAGUUUUGUUACAAACAGGCGAAUGUUGCUUUCCUCCUCGGAUGCCUUUGGCCGUCUAAUGUUCUCCUACAAGGAGAUUUCUGAAUUAGCAGGCUUUACAGCACGUGUCUCGUCGCUGAUGGAAGUCAUGGACGACCUUCUGGCCGGACGGUUCGAGAAGAAACUCGUCUCAUCAGCAUCCACAGAAGAAAACGCAGCUGUCCUAUCCGGCCGCGGCCAAAUCGAAGAAAGCGACUCAAUUGAGUUCACUGAUGUCCCCAUCGUCUCGCCCAACGGCGACGUGCUCGUCCGCAAACUCAGCUUCACCGUCCAACCCGGCGACCACCUCCUAAUAGUCGGCCCCAACGGCUGCGGCAAAUCAUCCCUCUUCCGAAUCCUGGGAGGACUCUGGCCCGUCUACGGUGGCCGCGUCAAGAAACCGCGCUUCGACGAAAUCUUCUACAUCCCGCAACGGCCCUACCUGUCCCGCGGCACUCUCCGCCAGCAGGUCAUCUACCCCGAUGGCGUGCGCGAAAUGCGCGCAAAGGGAAUCACCGACGACGACCUAUAUGAGAUCCUCUCCAUCGUUGAAAUCGCCUCCGUCGUCGACCGUCCUGGCGGGUGGGACGCCGAGGAAGAAUGGCGAGACGUCCUCUCCAUCGGUCUUCAGCAGCGGAUCGCAAUGGCACGACUGUUCUACCAUCGCCCGAAAUUCGCGAUUCUGGACGAGUGCACGUCCUCUGUCACACUUGAGAUCGAGCGCGUUAUGUAUGAGACUGCGAAGAAACUGGGCACGACGCUCAUGACGGUUUCGCAUCGUCGCAGUCUGUGGAAGUACCACAAAAUGAUUCUGCAGUUUGAUGGGCAGGGCGGAUACAUCUUUACCGGCCUAGACUGGGAGAAGAGGAUGACGCUGGAAGAUGAGAAGGAAGAACUCGAUCUUCAUCUGAGGACUAUCCCGGAACUGCAGAAGCGAAUGGCGGAGUUGACUUCGUCGUAG